GUCAAUGCUGGGACGACCCGGCUGAAGCUGCCCAUUCCUUCUACUCUUCCUUCUCUUUUUUUCCAAUUACAUGGAUUGUCUUGAUCUAGACCUUUAGACCAUUAGCGAUUGCAUUUGCAUAUAUAUGGUUGAUUUGUUUCUUUUAGUCUCGAUAUACUCGUUCGGGCCGCCAUAACAUGGCACCGACGUCGCUCCUUGUCCUCGUUGCCCUUGCUCUCGCCGUCCAGUCGCUCCCACAGAGUCUCCACGAUGAGGGGAUCAGAGGAGAUGCGUUCACGCUGGCCGCUGAAGAAGACUCGACAGUCUUGUCGCGACGGUCCUUGCCUGCUGCGAUAGAGAACAGCAUGUCGAUGGGCACGCUGCCGGUGCCACACGGCAAACGAAGGGAACCGUCACAUGUACAGGAUUCGGAGAGACCAGCUCAAGACGGACCUCAAGAUGUACAUGUCGAAAACAUCUUUGGACGCGAAUUCCCCGCCGUCGACAGCCUGCCGGGCACGCUGACGCUGCCGGUCAUCCACGCCGCGUCGCCAGGGAUAGGCAAAAGGACGCUCGAGGUGCAACUCGAGAACCGCUCAGAUGUAGCCUACUACGCCCAACUCAGCAUCGGGACGCCGCCGCAAAAGGUCUUUGCCCAGCUCGACACGGGCUCGUUCGAACUCUGGGUCAACCCCAACUGCAGCGGCCUGCCGGGGACGGACCGCCGCUUCUGCCUGGCCAUCGGGCGGUACGACCCGGCCAACUCGUCGACCGCCGUGGUGAGCGAGGUGGGCACGUCGCUGCGCUACGGCAUCGGCUCCGCCAACAUCACGUACGUGCUCGACGACAUCUCCCUCGGCGGCGGUGGUGCCACGACGAUGAAGCGCGUGCAGUUCGGCGUCGCCAAGACGAGCGAGAACCAGUUCGCGGGCAUCCUGGGCCUCGGGUACGGCCGGGGCCUCAACACCGGGUACGACAACUUUGUCGACCAGCUGGCGCUGCAGAAGGUGACGAGCACCAAGGCCUUUAGCGUGGCGCUCGGGUCCAAGGACGAGGGGCAGGGCAUCGUCGUGUUUGGCGGCGUCGACACGUCCAAGUUUGCGGGCAGGCUCGCGCCCCUGCCCAUCAUCCCCCGGGACAAGUCGCCCGACGGCGUGGCGCGGUACUGGGUGACGAUGAAGGGCAUGAGGCACCUAGCCGCCGAUGGCACGGCGACGGACCUGCUGCCACAGCCUGCGUCCAGCGGCAGCAACAACAACAAUAAGCAGGGGUCGAUGUCCGUCUUCCUCGACACGGGGGCGACGCUGACGCUGCUGCCGCCGGCGGUGGCGGGGGGCCUGGCGGCGGCCAUGGGGUCCAAGACCAUGGACCUCAACGGGUUUUACAUCGUCGACUGCGCGCUGGCGGGGAGGAACGGGUCCGUCGACUUUGCGUUUGAGGGCGUGACGGUCCGGGUGCCGUACCGGGAGCUGAUACGCGAGGUGAGCGCGCGGCCGCCCAUGUGCUAUCUGGGCGUGAUGCCGAGCGAGACGUUUGCGCUGCUGGGCGACACGUUUCUGCGGUCUGCGUACGUGGUGUUUGACCUCGACGCCAACAUGACGUACAUGGCCCCGUACACCAACUGCGGCUCGACAGUCAGGACGAUUGUGCCGAAUUCUGACCUAAAGAGCCUCGUGGGCGAGUGCAGCAAGGGGCCUUCGGGGGUCAACGGGGGCGCAAACGAAGGAGAGAGGCCCGGGGGCGAGAAACCCAGCGGUGGUGUAGGACUGCGUCGCGAUACGGCUUGGAUGUAUUGCUGCGUCGUCGCCUUGAUGUCUGGCUUGUUUGCAUUUUGAGGGG